AGAGCAAAUGUUCAAAAGGAUUAGCAGAUUGUGGAAAAAAAGGAGGAUUUGGACAGAAGGAACCUGUUGCAAUAAAUUCUUAACUACUAAACUUGUAGGAAUACUCCAAUAUUUAAAAAUUUAAACAAAGCUAUAUAGCAAGGAGUGAAUAAUGCUGAAAAAUUUGACUAUGUAAUGCAGUUUUUGAAUAAGAUGGCUGGUAAUGAAUAUGUUGGAUUCAGUAAUGCAACGUUUCAGUCUGAAAGAGAAAGUGGAGAUCGAAAUUUUGCAAUAGGAUAUUACUUAAAAGAAAAAAAGUGUUUUCCAGAAGGCACAGACAUGGUUGGUAUAUUAGACUUCUAUUUCCAGCUGUGCUCCAUUGAAGUAACUUGUGAAUCAGCUAGUGUGAUGGCUGCAACACUGGCUAAUGGUGGUUUCUGCCCAAUUACUGGUGAAAGAGUACUGAGCCCUGAAGCAGUUCGAAAUACACUCAGUCUGAUGCAUUCCUGUGGCAUGUAUGAUUUCUCAGGGCAGUUUGCUUUCCAUGUUGGUCUUCCUGCCAAAUCUGGAGUUGCUGGGGGCAUUCUUUUAGUUGUCCCCAAUGUCAUGGGCAUGAUGUGCUGGUCUCCUCCUCUGGACAAAAUGGGCAAUAGUGUUAAGGGAAUUCACUUCUGUCAUGAUCUUGUUUCUCUGUGUAAUUUCCAUAACUAUGAUAAUUUGCGACACUUUGCAAAAAAACUUGAUCCUCGAAGAGAAGGUGGUGAUCAAAGGGUUAAGUCAGUGAUAAACCUUUUGUUUGCUGCAUAUACUGGAGAUGUGUCUGCACUUCGAAGAUUUGCUUUGUCAGCCAUGGACAUGGAACAGCGAGACUAUGAUUCUAGAACAGCUCUCCACGUGGCUGCUGCAGAGGGUCAUGUUGAAGUUGUUAAAUUUUUGCUGGAAGCCUGCAAAGUAAAUCCUUUCCCCAAGGACAGGUGGAAUAACACUCCCAUGGAUGAAGCGCUGCACUUUGGCCACCAUGACGUAUUUAAAAUCCUGCAGGAAUACCAAGUUCAGUACACGCCUCAAGGAGAUUCCGACAAUGGAAAGGAAAAUCAAACCGUCCAUAAGAAUCUUGAUGGAUUGCUAUAAUGGUCGUAAGCCCAAGAUUUAAAUCACUUACCUAUUUAAUUGUGGAAAAUGAUUACGAAGAACAUGUGUAUUUCUAUCUGGUAGUGAUGUAUAUUUACAACAUUUGUCAUUUCAGUGUUACUGGAGUUUUCUUCAUUAUGUGCACAGGACAAAUCUGAUCUCUUUGGGAAAAAAUAGAAAUAAAACAAUCUCCCUCCAUAAUGUGAGCAAUAUUUACCUCGUGCAUUGUAUAAUUUGAUGUAAAAGAAAUAGUUACCAAUGCUAGCUUAACUGUGUGGUCCUCAUGAUUUAUUUUUGUCUAUUUUGUGAAUUUUCAACUUAUGGUGAUGAUCUGCUGAUAUGCAUUUAUAAAUUAAACUCUGUUGUACAGUCUGUCCAAAUGGGUCAAGGCUGCCUUUAGAAGCAAAAUAGUGUGAUUUUCAUGACUUCAAAUACAGAUUUAGUUUAAAUGUUUGAACAACUAUAUGCACUUAACGGUUAUGUGUAUAAAAUGUCUCCCAUCAUCCUAGCUUCAUGAUGUGACUCUAAAAAUUAUAAUAGUUAACAACUGUUAGUAGAUUGACCAAUUCUGAUUAGACUUUAUCAGGGAAUCUGUUUAAGAUAUGUUUGGUGACCAAAACAUGUGUGAAUGUAGUUAUAAUACUUUUGAAAACAUUUCCUUUUUCUAUAUCCCCUUAGCCCAACCUCUCUUCCCAGACACUGAGCUAUUUGCCUCUUUCCUUUCGCUGGGAAGUGGGUGCUGGCAGUCUAUGCAGUUUUCACGUUUUCCAUGACAAAUCAGAAAAUGCCUCAUGUAUCUGGCAUCCUAGCUGUAACUAUGCCAUGUGUCUACAGAAGAUGAACCAGAGACAGAUUAUUAAGUACAAAUUAGUCAAAUUCAUCAGCCAGUAAAAAAGAAGGGAUGUGCUACUGCAGCUCUUUAAGAAGACAUUUUUCAGCUUUCAGGAUAAAGAGAAAUUCAGAAGUGCUCCAAGCAACCAAAGUUACUAUGAAGGUAUGGGAACUGCUACAAAUAGCAUUUGUUUUUAAACCUGUCAUUAAAAGUCUGCAUCAAGAUAUUUGUUCACUAGAUGACCCAGUCAGUUUUCUUUUGAUUCUCUACUGUUUAUUUUUGGUGGACUUUACAGUUUAAUAAUAAGGAAAGGCCAUUUCAUUUUAAAUCAAGACCCAUCAUUUGUCUUGGGGAAGGAACUGCACAUAAACUUCAUUCUACCAACCUCCAAGGUACAGGGGUGAAUGAGGGUUUCUGGUAUUAAGCACACACACAAACACAUACAAAUGGACUUCUUUGAAGCUGUGUUUAGUGAAACGAGCAGAAUCCUCUACUACAUGAAUGCUGGUUGUUACAUUAAUAUAGACCUUUUUUUUCCCCCCUUUUCUAUUGGCACACACUGCUGCUUCCAAGCUUUAUCAUGCCUAAUAGCCCUUUCCCACUCUAACAGCCUCCAAGUGUCUUGAUUAUUGCUUCUGGUCUCAAUCAGUGGCUUCAGCCACCACCCUCUUAUUACCUGGCUGGCGCCUCCUUUGGUGGAACCACAGCGUUCCUUAACUGAGCUGCAUCAGGCACGAAGCCAUUCCCGUGUGUGUGCUUCUGUGGGGAAUGUGGUGGGUGGGAUCUAACAAGCCAUGCAGACAGGUAGUGUUUGUGAAAUCCUGCAGAGGAACAGCGUUCUCUCCAAAGAUAUUAUGGGAUAGACAUUCUCUGACUGAAAUCAAUGAAAGUAACUGCUCAAACAGCAGCUUGUUUGGUGUGAUUUAAAGGAAACAUUAAGAUGGUUCAAUUAUGUGGCUUGAAGAUUACCAAUGAUUUUGAGGCUUUUCUCUAAUUAAAAGAGGUUUUUAACUAUUA